AUGUAUCGAGACAGCGCUGGCUCAGCAGCCGGAGACGAACUGCGCAACAUGAAAGGAACAGUCGGCGAUGCGUCCAAGUCGGCUGGCGGAGAGGGCACUGAGGCAGUAAAAAGCACAGCGCCAUCUACCUCUGGGGCCAAGUCCGAUUCGAGCACAGCAGGGGCAGAUCGCUUGGGCGCGAAACUAGAGGAAGAGACUGAAGCAGACAUAUUACUUGCGCGGAAGCGGCGCGAAGCCAACGAUGAGUACUUUCAGAGGGUCAACAAUGGAGUUGUCGAUGUCGUGGCCAAGCUCGACGAUGUGGCCAAAGCAAUGCGCAGCAUCGAACGAGAGAGCAAGGACGUGUGGGCGGAGAGCGAUGCAAUGACCGGAAGCGUCAAGUCGUAA